AUUGUUUGUGUUCAAGUGUACUUUUCUUGUUAGGGACAUUAAGAUUAUUUAAGAUUUCUUGUAUUAAGUGUUUAGACAGAGAUUCCUCAUUAUAUUUUUAUAUGGAUAACAAAAUUAAUUGCUGCUUUGUAAAUAAUUAUGGAGCUUGUUAUAAACAAUCAUAUACUCAAGAAAGAAAUCUGAUUGAAGAUAUUGACAGCAAUGAUCAUAAGCUACUUGAAAAACGAACAAAUCUGAAACAAGAACAAAUUACUAAUUUAUGCACACGCCAUCAUGAUAUGUUAGUUGUAAGAUAUGAGGGUAAUCAGAAAAGUUGCUGUAAUCCAUUUCUGAGUCACCAAAAGGUGUGUAGAGCAUCUCUACGUGUGAUUACAAUGCAUUCUGUGUUAGAAGCAGAAACCAUAUGUUUAAAUCUUAUACCUGGAAAAAAACUUCUAACCUGUCGAAGUAAAGUUAUGACAUGUUUAUCAAAAAGUAUAAGAAAAGCUCUUCCUGAUGUAACAGUUCAACUGGUCAAGACCUUUUACGAAGACGAUGAACAUAGCCGUAUAAUGCCUGCUAAAAAGGACUAUUCUCAAAAAGACGACAUAAAGCUUCUAAACAUAAGCUUUUCUUAA